AUGGCGUCUCUCACCACUACUCCCCCUUCGCACUCCAAGCCGUUGGUCCCGCGAUUCACCGUCCCCUGUGGUGAUCACAUCCACUCCCGCGACUCCUCGCCCUCGUCGUGUGACACUCCGGACGGCUCGAGGUCCAGCCGCCGCCCGUCCUUUGGCUCUAUCAAAGAAGACACCGACGACGGUGAGUCUCCGAAUUCGCAAGUCGCGCAGAAGGAAAGGAACAUGACUCUGAUCGGCACAGGUAUCGCGCAAUCAUUCGUGGACACUCAUCAUCCGCCUUCUCCCCAGGAGCCCAAGGAAUCUCGUAAGCUGGAGCUCCGGGAGAUGCAGCAGAGCCCCGACUUUUGCUGCCCGUGUGGUGGGUUCCUAGGGUGGAAGCAAAUUCGCCUGGGCGGAAAGGGCCUGAGCCGUAGCUAUGGCGAUCUCCGUGGGCUCGGCAACUUGCAGGCAAAGGGUUGGGCGUGGGAGAACACCAACACCGGACGCGAGUUGAAGCCUCCCAAGGCCCCGGAGGUCGAGGUGGAACCAGUCCAGCCUGCAGUGCCGCCUCCAGGCACUUCGGCUUUGGAGAAGCUCCCGCCCGAGGUUCUUGACCAAAUCAUCUCCAACCUAGCCUUGGAUCUGCCGCCCAAUGGCUAUACUCCUCGAAAUGUCGACUUGAUCGCGUGCCUCCUGACCUCGCACACCUUGCACGCGGCGACUCUCAGCGUACUUUACCGAAACAUGACUUUCCCGCACUCAAUCAUUUUCUCCAAGGCCCUAAACCACAUGUCCCAAUACCCGGCACUGGGCACUCUGGUGCGCCGUCUCGACUUUUCCCACUUUACAUCCGUCGGAUUGGGUCGCACUAAGCAAAUGAACGCGGAGAUCCAAAAUCUGACCUCGCGCACGCUUUUGAACUGCCUGGAUCUCUUGCCAAACUUGAAGGAAUGUCUGUUGCAGGAACACUUAGAGGGUGAUCUUAGCGUGGAGGUGAUUCGAAAGUUGUUCAUGGGUCUACCAAAUCUGCGCGCGAUGGACUUCUGUGGCUGCUCUACUCAGGCCUUUUCCCAGGUUUUCACCGAGGCGUUGACCGCUGGCCCGCCCUUGCCGAUGAGCUUGCCCGGCUUGAAACGUCUCUCGCUUCACGAAUGCAGUACCAUCCCGGCACCCAUGUUUGACCAUCUGCUCUCGCGACUCGUCAACUUGACCCACCUGGACUUGACCCACACUCAGGUCAACGAUUCGGCUCUUACUGUCAUCCCCGAGACUGCGCGUAUCAGCCAUCUGAGCCUGUCUCGCUGCACACGCCUUCGCAGCUCCGCAGUGGUCGAGUUCCUGACCACCCACCCUGCGGUUUGUGAAUCGAUUGUUUACCUGAACCUUCUGACGGACCCCACCCGUUUUCGCCUGCUGGAAGAGGAGAAUGUCUCUGCAUUGCUGCCCAAGCUUCCCUCGACUCUCCGCUCGUUGAACUUAGGUGGUGCUAAGGUCACCUCUGACCACGUACCACUUUUGGUCCCUCUGACCAAGCACUUGCAGGAAUUGGGGUUGAGCUCGGCUGAUCUCUCAGUCAAGGAUAUCAACUCUUUCUUCACCAAGGAAGAAAACGCUCCUCCCAGCACCCUCUGCUACCUCGACCUUGCCAAGGUUCCGCAAAUGACUAUCGGCGCGAUCUUCAAUAUGAGCACCUGCCUGCUUCUGUCGGAGCAGAGUUACCCUCUGCAGGUGAUUGAGUUCAGCGAAAAGAUCAUUACUCCUCUUCGUGAGCGCACCAGAACUCAGCGUGUGUCCGUCGGUUGGACCGUCCGUGACCUCGGCCGUCGUGGCUGGUACGUUCGGGACCCCGCGUCCAUGCCCAACGAGCCUCUUGACGAUGGAUCGCGCUACUGGAAGAUGGGCGCGCGCUGGUGGGGCAUGCGCAAGAUCCCUAUGGCCGUUGGCGAGGUCGGUGGUAUCUACGGACACUACAUGUUCAAAAAAUGA